UCAGCAUCAAUAUUAUUGAAGUGCCUGUGAUCGUCACGAUACAUUCUUUGUAGACGAAACUAAACGAAACGAUCGCAGAAAUUGCGCAGUGAGAAGUAGAGUCUUUCUCCUGAUAACAAGCCAAUACAAAAUUCACGAUGUGUUCUAAUGAUAGCAGCAUGAAUAACGGCGUGCAGAUUGAGGAUGUCGGGGACGCGUUCGGAUCAUUUGGCAGAAACAGCGCAGCUCCUGCUUCUAAUGUAGUACAAUUGGCACCCACCCAGCGUUAUGAAAUGUACUAUAAUAUGAAUCAUUCCAAGCGUGGUCUAGCUCUUAUCUUCAAUCAUGAAUUUUUCACUGUCUCGCAUCUUAAACCUCGUUGUGGUACAAAUGUUGAUUGUGAAAAUUUAAAAGCCACCCUGAAAGAUCUUGGUUUCGAAGUAAACGACUAUCACAAUUUGACUCAAAAGGAUAUAGUCAAACAAUUAGAAAGAGUCGCGGAAAUGGAUCAUUCUGAGCAUGAUUGCUUAGUGAUAGCUGUAUUAAGUCACGGUGAACUUGGAUUGCUCUAUGCUCAUGAUGGUGCAUACAAAGCGGAUUCUCUAUGGCAUUAUUUUACUGCCGAUAAAUGCCAGAGUCUUGCUGGUAAACCUAAGUUAUUCUUUAUUCAAGCUUGUCAGGGUGAUAAGCUAGAUCCGGGCAUUACUCUUAAAGAGCGUACCGAAACGGAUGGAUAUCCCUCCUCGAUAUUUCGCAUUCCUACUCAAGCGGACUUUCUCAUUGCCUACUCAACCAUCCCAGGUUAUUAUUCCUGGAGGAACACCAGCCGUGGAUCCUGGUUUAUGCAGGCAUUGUGCAUAGAAUUACGCGAUAACGGUACUCGUUGUGAUUUAUUGACUAUGCUGACAUUUGUAUGCCAACGCGUUGCCGUGGAUUUUGAGUCCAACACGCCCGACAACAUGGCUAUGCAUCAGCAAAAACAAAUUCCAUGCAUCACCACUAUGCUGACGCGUUUAGUAAAAUUUACACCUCCAAGGAAUGGAGUUGUAUAGCCUGUAGGGUAAUGAAAAUCACAUCGCAUUUAUAUACCUAUUUACGGUAUUCAAGCCAUAUCGUUUGUUGCAAAGUUGUAAAUGGUGCAAGUAUCAAUUUUAUUCAUGUACCACAGAUUGCUAAUAUGAUUGUCGCAUAUUA